AUGCAACGAAUGGCUUCGGAAAUCUAUGAACUUUUAGUUAACACCGAUAAUAUAAUCAGGAAACAAGUCGCUGUUCUACCUGCAGACUAUGUGAAUGCUGCGGAGGAAAGAAUGCCCUUCUCAUGGGACAACUACUACAUGAGAACGGGUGACCGACCCUAUUGGAAGCGAUGCUUGAACACAUCGAGCCUGGAACCUAAACUGACUCCGAUUAUCGGCGAGGAUGCAGCACAAAAAGAAGACGAAGAAAAGGUGAAAGCCGGAUAUCGAACGAGUGCGAACAGGGAAAUUUGCGGCCGAGUCGUUCGUGGUGAUUUCACCUUUACCGAAUCGAGGGGUGUCGGAAUUGGCUUUCUCCCGAUUGGUUCUCUUGCAGUGAUACCCAAAUACAAGAAUAAACGAGUGGUUUUGGUGCGGAACACGUCAUCGAAAUUCUACCGUCUCGCCACGAUCUCCAUCCUACAAACGAGCACUGAAAUU